UAUAAACCUCCGUCGACAAGUCUGUCGUGAAUUUUCAUACCAUUUUUUUUUUCUCUCUCUUCAUCAAACAAAUAGAAUGGCCUCGACAAAAAUUAACUACAGUGCUUUAGAACAAGGCUAUUAUGAGCCUGUAGCCAACAACUUAACCUCAGUCCUCAUCAAACGUGAAGAAAUUACCCACCAACUCGCCAACCUUCAAACCCUCCGUGAUACCAAUCUCCAUUCCGCCCAACAUGCGCUCCUCGACUCGACCACCGUAUUAGACGAUCAAGUAGCCCGCCGGGACCUUGAGGAUGUCGAGUCCCGGGUCAACGAGACCUUCCAUCUGAUUCGCGGUCUCGUCGAUGAGUUGAAACAUCUCGCGGAUCCGAGCGAUCCUCGCGUGCAGUCGCAGGUCGAUACCACGAAGAACCAAGUGCAGCAGGCUAUUCAGGAUUAUUAUCGGUCGCGGACGGAGUUUGAUCGGGCGCUCCGGGACCAGGUGUGGCGGCGGUAUGAGAUUGCCAAUCCUGAUGCAUCGGCCGAGGAGGUAGCGCAGGGGGUUCAUGAUGUGUUGGUGGGGAAACAGAUGGUUUUUCAGGUACAAGGGGCUCGGUCUCGACAGGCGAGGGAUGCACAGGCUGCUGUUAUAGAACGAUCAGCUGCCAUUCGCAAGAUUGAGCAGGAUCUGAACAAUCUCAGUGAGCUUUCUGAACAAGUUGCUGAGCUUGUUCUCUGUCAAGAGCCGGUUGUUGAAAAGAUCGAGCACAAUGCGAUGGAAGCGGCGGAGAACUAUGAAAAAGGGAAUGAGAAGGUCAGUCAGGCCAUUGUAAGCGCUCGGAAUGCGAGGAAGUACAAGUGGUAUAUCCUACUUGUGUGCAUUCUUAUUAUCGCGAUUAUAGUAGCGAUAUGUGUUGGGUGGUGCAAGGCCACUGACCACUGCUGAUUAUUAAUGUCUUGAUGAAGGACGUAAUUUGGGAUCUCCUGGCUAUCAAAAGCUAUAAUAUCGCUUUACGUUUAACGUAUAUCCGGUCCUGGACUUCUGUAUGAAACGAAUAGUGACAUGUGUUUUCAUGGGCGGUUUCUAUGACUUUCUUGGUUAUUUUCAUUACUACGCUACUGAUAGUGUCUGGCUGUUUAUGACUAUCCUUUCAGUGAUGUAUGUAGUCCUGUAGCCUUCGUAUAUAACUCGCAGCUCCAAUGGGAGACACGCC